AUGCGUGCGUCGGCGGCGCUGGCGAUCCUGGGCGGAGUCGCUGUUGCUGCGGAGGGGUGUCAUGGGGAUAACCUCCUCCGCGGCAUGGAGCGGCACGGGGCGGAGGAGUACUGCUCUUCGGUAUUGAGCGUCGCGGAGGCGACGGGCACGGUUUCGAUUCCGGAGGGGGUGCCGACUGGGUACGAGGAGGCGAAGGUGUCUUCUGCGUGUUGGUGUCUUCUCGGGAUCAGCUCUGCAACUGCCGCGCCGCCUUGUCAUUCAAAGACUGCGGAGGAUCCGAUGUACUCUACUGCGGAUGGAGAUAUCUCCGCGACUGCGACGGAGACUUUGACGGAGGCUUCUGGGGUGGUUGGACGUCCUGCGCCAACGGACACCGAUAUCCCUGGGGGCUACUCCUUUUCGGUUCCCGGUGAUGGGUUGACGGCCACGACGGCCUGGACGUGUGGGCUGGCCGAGGCUACGACCACUGUUCAGGUUACUGAGACGAGCGUCGAGACUGUGUAUGUCACUGCUUUGUCGAGCGAGGGCAAUGCCGGACGGCCGCCGCCUCCGUGGACUUCGGCUUCGUCUGGUGAGGUGUCGCCGACUAGUGGAGGCGGGUUCACCGUGAUCACUCUCUCAGGGGAGCCGAGCGGGACUUCGUCGGGAUGGGCCUCAACGAUUACGGUACCUGCGAGCGAGGUUGUUGGUGUGCCGGUCGUUACUACGAUUGUCAGCGAUGGGUCUGAGGUUGUGAGCACACUCACACGAACAUCAUUGAAGCCUCCUCAAGGACGAAUUGGGACUACCAUCACCAUGGUCAUCAACGGGACUGUGACGACCAUCACUGGAGAGGUACACGAUGUGCCCCCUCCUACCCCGACGGAAGCUUCGGCCUCGAGCUCUGACUCGCCGAGUUCAGGGGGUUCCCAAUGGACGCGCCCUUGGAUCUCGGAGUCUACCCAGAUUUCACCCACGAUGACUCCGACCUCGAGGAUCAGCACCGUCACCAGUGAUGUCGGGGGCGGGGUGAUCUCGACUUGGGUUGUGACGCUCCCGACUGGGAUUCCGUUCCCAAAUACCACUUCAGCGAGCCCGGCUUCGACGACGUUGAGUAGCCAAGUGUCGGUUAUUACCAGCGUCAUCAGUGGAGAAGUUACCGUCAUCACGAUUGGGGGACCAACGUCAACUGCAUCUCUGAACGGGACGGCUUCAGUUACAGCUUCGACGCCAUCCGAGACUAGGUCUGGGGACAUCAGUAUUGUUACAAGUAUCAUCGGUGGCGAGGCUACGACGAUCACGCUCAUCGGCGGAUCGACCAUUCGCCCAGCGAAUGGGACUUCCAUGGCCAGUUCGAUACCAUCAGAGACGACGUCUGCGGGCAUCAGUAUCAUUACCAGCUUCAUCGAUGGCGAGGCCACAACUAUCACACUCGUCGGAGGUUCAACCUUGUCCGGAUCGCCUAAUGCAACGGCUUCCACAACAUCCACGCCUUCAGAGUCCUCAUCUGCCGAGAUCAGCAUCAUAACAAGCGUUAUUGGCGGAGCAGUCACCACGAUCACGGUGGUCGGCGGGUCUACCCUCAUACCUGCGAAUUAUACAUCAAGCUCCUCGGCAUCUGAGACGCAAUCAAGAGGUUUCAGUGUGGUAACGACUGUCAUCGGCGGUUCUGCUACGACUCUGACAUUGAUCGGUGGGUCAACCUCGACGCCGUCUUCCGAGCUAAUUACCGCUACGGUCACGUCGAGUCCUUCCCAGACCGUGUCAGCCGGUGUGUCGGUCACCACGAGCUUCAUUGAUGGUGUUGCUACCACCAUCACGUUCUCUGAUGGGAGCACACUUACGUCGUCCACCAGCAGUAGCACCGCCUCAAGCCCUACGGCUACAGGAGGUAUCAUCGUCAUUACCAGCAUCAUCGAUGGAUCUGCGACUACAGUGACCAUCUCGGAUGGCUCUACCAUCGUUGCAUCAACCACUAGUUCCUCUGCCCCGGUAUCGUCGCCUACGGGAGAAGUGAUUGUUGUGACGAGAACGAUCAAUGGGGAGCCGACUACCUUCACCAUGUCGGACGGCCUGACUCUCGGAACGUUAAUGAGCAGUAGCACUGCCACUGCGAUGCCGUCGCCUACUGGCGGUGUCAUUGUCAUAACCAGCAUCAUUGAAGGCCAGCCGACAACUUUCACAGUAUCCGACGGCACGACUCUAGGGACAGAGCCUAGCAGUGCGCCUGUAUCCCCGACUACAACAGCCAACGGUGGUGUCAUUGUGAUCACGAGUACCAUCAACGGUGCAGUCUCAACAAUCACAGUCUCCAACGGCAGCACAGUCGAAACACCAGCAAGCAGUACCGCAACCCCGACGCCAACGCCAAGUAUCGGGGUCAUUGUGGUUACGACGUUAAUCAAUGGCGAAGCAACCACCAUUACCGUCUCGGAUGGUGUGACUUUAGGAGAGCCAUCGCCUACCACCAGCUCGACUCCCGCACUGACUGGGGAGGUCAUCGUCAUCACCACCACUAUCAACGGAGAACCAACCACGGUUACUGUAUCUGACGGAUCAACUCUUUCAACUCCGACGAGUGCAACGAAAAGUCCAAGUCAAAGCCCUACCCCAACGGUUGGGGACAUUGUCAUAACAACGAUCAUCAGUGGUGCGGCUACGACAUUGACAGUCUCCGAUGGCUCAACCCUGACCCGUCCUCUGAACACCACGUCAACUCUUACGCAAACCCCAAUCCCGACUGGGGAGAUCAUUACCAUCACCAGUACCAUCAAUGGCGAGCCAGUUACUUUGACGAUCUCAGACGGCUCAACACUCUUUCCAACUCCCUCUCCAACCAGCGGUCCAGAAGUUAUUACCGUCAUCAGUAGCAUCAUUGGCGGCGGAGGAUCAACUUGGAUCAUCUCAGACGGAGUGACUCUGCCACUUCCUUCAAACACAACGAGCGCCACGCCAACUGCCACGGGUCAAGUCAUUGUCAUCACAAGCAUCAUCAACGGCGCAGCAUCAACAUGGACGGUCUCAGAUGGCUCAACUCUCAGCCCAAGCGCAACUACCACGACUGCCCCCACUCCAACUGGCGACGCCGUCACUCUGACAAGCACUCUCCCCGAUGGUCGCGUCUCAAUCUGGACUCUCAUCGGAACUGCCACCAUCACUGGGUCACAAAAUGCCAGCGCAACCAGCUCCUCAAGCUCCUCCUCAGCUACAGCAUCGUCAACAUCCAGUGCCUUUGACCCCGCCUUCACAGGCAUUUCGAUCGUGGCAUCUCAGAACGCAAGCACAUGCUACACCCUCCCCUCUCCGACAGAGUCACUGCACGAGUCCAAGCUAGACACCCAAGGCAAGACUGCACCGUACAUCGACGCCUUCUACUUGGACAACACCACCAACUCCGUCAAGUACAUCCGUCUCAUGAACGAAAGCACGUCCGAUCCUAUCCUCAUUGAUGUAUCGGAUCCCGCAAAGCUUGCAAUCAUCAACAAAGACGGCGACACGCUCUCCGUCGAUAGUCAGGGUCUGCACUUUGCUUCCGCCGUUUGUUCGCCCAAGAUUGAUGUCUUCAUUUCUGGCUUCUUCAGCCAGAUCAACAGCUUGACCAACUCGACAUGUACCUCUGCCGCGGCUCUCUUCGACACUCCGUCUGGGAGACCUCUGCAGAAAAGACAGACCAGCGCUUUUGAUGUGUUGCUUCGUCUCAAAGACCAGUGCGGGAACGCCGCGCGCGAUGAGUUACCAGUUGCUGUAUCUUUGGGAGAUAAUCCUUGUGCGGUUGUUCCCAAAGAGGGCGACUUUGUUGCGACUUGUUCCUGGCCUGGGGGUAGCGGUCCUGCAGGAGACUGUGAGACUUCAGUCGAGCAGACACUUGAUCACCUAACGAAAGGAUCGCUGGACGGGACUUGCCCUUCAAUGAUGUCCAUGUGGAGUCUCCUCUCCCAGGAACUUGGCAACGUGAUUAACCUUCGGGAACUGCUCAAACCUUUUGUGGAUGCCGGGCUGGACAUCGAUACGAACCGUGGCCAGAGUCUCCUAGACGUGAUCGGUAGCUUUCUUGGUAUUUACGACUUCUCUGCCUCGACCUUCGGUAACUCGACAUCCCAAGCCGGAUCUGGGAUGGGAGACCUAAUUGAGGGCUACGGCUUGACCACGAUCCAGACACAGGUCUGCCGAUACCUGCAAACCUCCUCGCAGCCCCUCAAUCUCGCCUUCACAGCCGGCACUACCACAACACCCUCCACACUCGCCGAGAUCACGACAAUCCCCUCGCCCACCCCAGAGUACGACCGAAACAUCACGGACCCGACGGUCAUGGCCUGCUGUCCGAACCCAGGAAACUGCAUCUUCUCGGAGGGCAGCAAGUUCUACCCGCCCGAGUCCUCAAUCGCUGGGUCCAACUGCUUUUGCGGAUCGAUGCUCGGCGGGGGCGGCAUCGCCUUCAGGACGGGAUCGUGUCUAGAGGAGAACCAGUGCAGUCAGGAGAAGCCGUGUGGUGAGGGGAAGGUUUGCUUGACAGGCAACUGCUGCGGGGAUGGGACAAAUCCUGUCAACGUUUGUGUGGAUGCGACCGAGUGCAACGCGCCGCGGGUUGGGAAGAGGUGGGCUGACUUGUUUGAGGGAACUGCGAUGGGUAUGGUUUGA